AUGGGCAGUUUCCAGUCAUCGACUGUGCCCCCAGUCGAGGCCGUCAAGGCCGUAGAUGAGGCGAUCACCUCUCACUCUCUCACCGUCUUUUCCAAGACUACUUGUCCUUAUUGCGUCCGGGCGAAGCAGCUGCUCAGAGAAGUGGGAGCGAAGCCGUUUGUAAUGGAGCUGGACACUCGCUCGGACGGUUACGUCAUCCAGGACGAGCUGCAGCGUCGAACCGGCUCCAGGUCCGUGCCGAAAGUGUUCGUCAGAGAGAAGUGCAUCGGCGGCUGCGAUGACACUGUUAGCCUGCAUCGACAAGGCCGCCUGGUAAGCAUGCUAAAGGAAGCGGGAGCCCUGUAG